AAAGUCUCAGUCGCUCCCAGCCAGUCGCCCAGCAGAAACGACGCGCCUUACUUGCUACCCGCUUUUUUCCGGCCCACGGUUCGCGUGCUUGAUGCAGAUAUGUAUGCAGACGAAAUGUGAUUAAAGAAAAAUAAGUAACAACAAAUGUCCCAUAGCCGUGGUUUUUGCUUAACGGUGUCGACAGCUCGUCGGUGAUUCGAGGGGACGUAAUCGAUCCUAGCAUCAAACCACGUGGUAGUUCGAGACAGGGGACGUAUAGAACCAAUUAACCGAGGAUCUCAUUGAACUAUCGCAGAUAACACCGCCAUAAAAUGGGAUGGGACUGGGACUGGGCAGUCGGAGGCAUAUCCGAUGAGAUCCCAAGGACUACUGGGCCAGAGUGCAUCAAUUACAUGACAGACAGACGACGUUGGGUGGAGACGGUACUGCUGUCCGCCCUCUUCAUCUUUAUAAUGCACCGCUCUUGGAAACGUCUGGCACCUAUUAAACUGCCACCCCUGCACGAGAUUCAGAAGCCACACAGUCCGACGAGGCUAUUUCUCCUAAUCGCUUUGUCAAUGAUUUUCGGCAUUGAAAUGGGCUUUAAACUCUCCGGGCAGUCGAUGAUUUUCGCCCUGAAUCCAUGUCACGUACAAUCGUGUCUGCAGAUUUUUCUACUGGCUGCCAAGCCGACGAAGACGACGACAGCACUCUUUCGGAUCCAGAUGAGCAACCUCAACGGCCCUUUCCUGGCCUUUCUUUUCCCAGAGGUGGAAGGCCGCACAUAUCCCUUCGAGCAGGCUACGUAUUGGAUCCAGCACGCACUCCUCUACAUUAUCCCUAUUUAUCUUAUUCGGAGCGGAGCGUACACCGUCGAGGAUUUCAGCGAAUUUCACUGGUCUCACAUAGGUACCGCCUUCAUGUUGUUUUACCACUUCGUCCUGCUUUCGCCGCUCUCUAUAUUCACUGGCAUCAAUCUGGACCACAUGCUGUGUGCGGCGAUGUCGGAUCCAUUUCAGGGCUCCAACUACCGACUGUUCGCCUGUUGCCACCAGACUUUGCUGUGUCCGCUGCUGAGCAAGGGCACCGUUCUGCUGUUCAACCGCCGAAGUAGGAGCAGUACCGGCCUAAACGGAUCGGGGGGUUUGCCGGCGGCGAGGAGCGAGGAGGCUCAGUACCACCAGCUGACUCCUGCCGAGUAUGCUACGCAGGGGGACGCGAUCAUGAGACAUCGAUUCAGCGGCCAGGAUGCGGCGGACGAAGGACAUUCCCAUGACGCAGGCGAGAUGGCGUCCCUAUCGGCGGAGUACAUGCCGACGACCAAGAUCGACUAGUACAGAAGCGGAAAGGAGACCGAGAAAUGCCUACUGCGUCUAUUAUGCCUGUCAAUUCCGAAUCCGCGUAGGGCACCUUCAGUGCUAGCCUCAUAGCCCGAUUAUUCUGAAAUACGAUGGAUUUCAUGUGAGAACUGAGAGCUGAAUGUGUUGAUCAAAGACGUGUAGAUAAUAACAAUUAAGGCUAAUUUUCAUGCUCAUCGAGGUUAUACUUCUAAAAAAACCAAAAAUUAAAUACUUGUUCAAUUCUUACUUUGAUGGCAAAUCAAAAGUUAAAACACAGCAAGGAAUAACAAUAGUAUACAUUUCUUAAAUUGUAAGCCCCUAGCGAACCAAAAAUAAAUUACAAUUUCAAA